CUUUACAUGUGUGCUGGCUGCACCUAUUUUGUGUGCAUGCAGAGUGACGACAGUGGCAGGGAAUGGAGUUCAGCAGUAGGAGACAAGGUGGAAACUCGUCAGAAAUCAACAGUUUUAGUCCUUCCGCACACAUUUCUUACUGAGAACAACUGAAGGAGAAACAUGAAUGACACGGGAGCAAAAGAAGAAGGAGUAAGAAUAGAGGAAGGAGAUAGAGGCGACAACACAGACAAUAUCUGCCAAACAGAGAAGAGCCAGAGUUGGAUCCCCAAAACCAUCAAAAAAAGAGUGUGCAGCACCUUUGUAGAAGAUUCCUUCAGUAGUAGUGAAUUUUGUCAGUGUGGGGCUGCGAGAGAUGACCAUGCCUCUGUGGCUGUUGGAGAUUAUUUCAGCACAGCAAUUUUGAAGCACUGGGAAAGUGUGCAGCACUCCUCUGAACAACCAACUGAUGCCUUUGGAGAGGUGCAGUUUGCAGGAGCCAGCAAGAGGCACAGCCAUUUCCUGCGCCUGUCAUGGAGCACUGAGCCUUCGGUGGUGUACAACAUACUGACAGCCCAGUCAAUAUGGGGUCUUCCUAGACCAAACCUGGUUGUUUCUGUUGUGGGUGGAGAGAGCAGGACACAGGUGAAGACCUGGGUACGGGAGGUUCUCAGACAGGGACUGGUGAAAGCGUCACAAAGCACAGGUGCAUGGAUCUUAACUACAGGUCUGCGUGAAGGUGUUGGCAGGUGUGUCGGACAGGCAGUGAGAGAUCAUGCAGCUGCAGCAUCUUCAGUCUCUCUCAACAAGGUGGUAGCGUUGGGCAUUGCUCCGUGGGGCCUUGUGAAAAAACGAGAGCAGCUGGUCAACCCUCAGGGAAGCUUUCCUGCAAAGUACUAUGUCCACAACAUUUCUCGGGACUCCUGCUACCUGGACAACAACUACCAGGCCUUCCUGCUGGUGGAUGAUGGUAGUGUGGGCCGCAGAGGAGGAGAAACAGAUUUCAGAGCCAGAUUGGAGGAAUACAUUUCCCAGCAGCGCACAGGCAUAUGGGGAAGUGGCAGCAUUGACAUCCCUGUCCUUUGUAUGCUGAUAUCAGGGGAAGCAGACACGCUGAAGAGAAUGGAUCUCUCUCUGAAAAACUUUAUCCCCUGGCUGGUUGUGGCUGGCUCAGGAGGCUUGGCUGAUUUCCUGAGUGAUGUCUUGGAGAACCUGUCUUCAGCUCCAGCUGUGCCGUCCUCUGGUGAAGGCAACAAUGAGGCUCUUAAAGCUCCCAAGGUGGAUCUCAAAGACAGAGUGGCAGAACGGUUUAAGAAGCAUUUUCCUUCAGAAACAGAGACUGACAAACUAGUUGAACAGGUGAGUGCUGACAACAGAAACAUUGCAUUGGCUCUUCGUCUGCAGAAGAGUUGGGGGAAAGACUUUCUUGAAACUGUUAUUUGGUUCAGCAUAGUGAAAAGAAAAAGCUAACUCACUCACAAGCUGUGAUUAUGGGUGUUUUUAUAGAACCAAAGCAUACAUGGUAUGGUGUUAUUUUUGUGCCACUAUUCUGAGCGCA